CAGCAGCAUUAGCAGCAGUUAACUGACCUUCCUUGCAGCCUCGUCGCUCGCCUCGGAGCUUGACGAGGACAUUGAAUGUUUUGGAAAGCAUUUUGAAUUUUUUGUGACUUCCCUUUCUUACAUAGCCAUGUCAAGGACAAUUGAAGUCCCCACCCUCCAUGAGCUGAAGGUGGACGAGAUCACUGUGUCAUCUGCACCUUUGAAGGCCGCUGCCCACCAUUUGGGGUCUCAGUGUGACAAAGCCAACAAGGAGUUCAUGCUCUGUCGCUGGGAGGAGAAGGACCCAACGAAGUGUAUCAAAGAGGGAAGGAGAGUCAACGAGUGCACACUAAACUUCUUUAGGCAAAUCAAAGGCAAUUGUUCCGAGUCAUUCACAGAGUAUUGGACCUGUCUGGAUUAUCACUCCAGAUCACAGUUCCACCUGUGCCGCGAGCAGCAGCAGGUGUUCGACAACUGCGUACUCGAUAAGCUGGGCUGGAAGAGACCCGAACUGGGAGAGCUGUCUAAGAUCACCAAAGUGGCGACCGACCGGCCUGAGCCCACAAACCCAUACUACUCUAGAGAACGUCCUGAGCCCAAUCCAGUCGCCGAGGGUAAACUGGAACCAGCCAAACAUGGCAGCAGGUUAUUCUUCUGGCACUUUUAAAGCAGGAACAGUGACGUCACCACCCGUCACGUCACUGCAGUCAUGGGCUGUGUCCAAAAUCUGCCAGAUGUGAUCACUGAUGUCUCAUGGUUCUAUCAUCUCACCAAUGAAGACAUCAACCUUUUAAAUAUUUCUUUUGGUCACAUUUGUAAUUCUCCUGAGAGUUUGUUUUGGACACAGCUCAUGUCUUGGCGCUCGCCUGCAGUGAUAUUCUUCCUCCAGCAUCAUCACAGUUUGUUAAAGGAAGGAAGGAUGGAUGAUUAUGAGAACAAACUCCAUGGAUCCAUGCGGCUUUCCUGACCACUUAUGUAAAUGUAAUCAGUGAGCAGCUACAACAUGCUGUUCUUAUUGUUGUCAUCUAAUAAAAGAUAAAUUAUAA